UCACGGGUCAACCAAAUAAAGGCAUAUAAUCAAUUCCUCACCUGUAAAAGCUAACCCGCGUACACAUUCAACCUCACUCUUUCCUCAUAGCUAAGGAAGAACAAGAAGAAGAGGAGGAAGAAGAAAGCCAUGGCCAUAGUUGAGAAUGUAAAAUGAAGCUUUGAUUUAUCAUCGAUCAAUCAAUUGAUAGUGAAAGGCAAUUUCAAGUAUUCAUCACAACGGCUAAAGAUGCUCAGAUUCAUCAUACUCUUAUGCCUUUUAAUUCACUGCUUCCUUUUCUCUCUUUCCUCAGCUCGUCCUCUGCCAUUUGCUAUGCGCAUAAGUUGUGGAGCUCGGAAUGAUGUUCAUACACCUCCAACUAAUACACCCUGGUUUAAGGACUUUGCAUACACAGGAGGCAUACCAGCUAAUGCAACACGCCCGAGUUUUAUUUCUCCUCCGCUUAAAACCCUUCGUUAUUUCCCCCUUUAUACGGGUCCUGAAAAUUGCUACAUCAUCAACAGAGUGCCAAAGGGACACUACUCUGUCAGGAUCUUCUUUGGCCUUGUUAACCAACCUAAUUUUGACACUGAACCUCUGUUCGAUGUUUCUGUUGAAGGCACACAAUUUUGUUCUCUUAAAUCAGGCUGGAGCAACAAUGAUGAACAAACAUUUGCUGAAGCCCUUGUAUUUCUAACGGAUGGCUCUGCCUCUAUCUGCUUUCAUAGCACAGGUCAUGGAGAUCCAGCUAUCCUUGCGAUUGAAAUACUUCAAAUUGACGAGAAAGCAUAUUAUUUUGGUCCCAAUUGGGGGGAAGGAGUGAUCCUUAGGACGGCCACAAGACUGAGUUGUGGUGACGGGAAGCCCAAGUUUGAUGCAGAUAGUAAUGGGAACCACUGGGGUGGAGAUAGAUUUUGGACUCCUACUAAAACUUUUGGUCAACAGUCUGAUCAUAUUAUCUCUGUUGAAUCCAGCAUCAAACAAGCUUCGAUUUCCCCAAAUUUUUAUCCAGAAGCUCUAUAUCGGACUGCACUUGUAAGCACUGAUAGUCAACCUGAAUUGACAUAUGUAAUGGAUGUGGAUCCCAAUCGAAAUUACUCAAUAUGGCUUCACUUCGCUGAGAUUGAUGGUUCAAUCAGAAAUGUUGGACAAAGAAUUUUUGACAUCUUGAUAAAUGGUGACGUUGCAUUCCCAAAUGUGGACAUUUUGAAACUCACUGGUGGUCAUAAUACUGCUCUUGUGCUUAACAGUACUGUUGCUGUCAAUGGGAGGACUUUGACUAUCACCUUGCAGCCUAAAGAAGGCAGUCAUGCCAUAAUCAAUGCCAUUGAGGUGUUUGAAGUUGUUUCAGUUGAAGUGAAAACAUCUCCAGAUGAAGUUAGGGCUUUGCGGAGCCUGAAGAAGGCAUUAGCACUUCCUGUUCGCUUAGGGUGGAAUGGCGAUCCAUGCGUUCCUCAACAACAUCCUUGGAGCGGAGCAGACUGCCAAUAUGAUAAAGUUGGAAACAAAUGGGUCAUUGAUGGACUGGGUCUGGACAACCAAGGUCUAAUGGGAUUCUUGCCAAAUGAAACAUCUCGAUUGCGUCAUCUACAAAGCAUAAACUUAAGCGGAAACAGCAUCCAUGGGCCCAUUCCAGCUUCACUCGGAACAAUAACCAAGUUAGAAGUUCUGGAUCUCUCCUACAAUUUCUUCAAUGGAUCGAUUCCUGAAAGUCUUGGACAGUUGACAUCACUAAGAACACUGAAUCUUAAUGGAAACUCUUUGUCCGGAAGAGUGCCUGCUGCUUUAGGUGCAAGGCUUUUGCACAGAGCCAGCUUCAACUUUACUGAUAAUGCCGGUCUCUGUGGAAUACCUGGGCUACCUGCAUGUGGGCCACACCUUUCUGCUGGUGCUAAAAUAGGGAUUGCGUUUGGAGCUUUAAUUAUAUUCUUGCUCAUUAUUACUUUUGCGGUUUGCUGUUGGAAAAGACGGCAGAAUAUUCUCCGAGCCCAGAAUGCUGCAAGAGCUGCUCCAUAUGCAAAAGCAAGGACACAAUUAUCUCGUGAUAUCCAGAUGACAAUGCAUCACAAUCAAGGCCAUACGAGGACUCCCAAUGAAAACGGACGCUUGAUUUCAUGAUCCAACUAUUAAAACUGUGCCACCUUUCUCGUUGAAGCAAGCUCCUUCCUUGGUAUGACUGCAUCAGAUUUUUACAGACGAUGGGGUCACGGAUUCAAUUUUAUCGACAAAUGGUAAAGAUCUUCGACUCCAAAGGAAAGCUAAUUCUUGUACAUUGAUAAAACUUGAACAGGAGAUGAGAGGUGAGUGCUAAAGAAUUUUGUAGAACAGUAGAGAACUGCUUGCAUACAGAAGUGAAUACAGUUACUAAAGAUUUCUCAAAAGGGUAUUUUAGCCUCCCAACUCCAUAAAAAAAAAAAACCUUUCUUAUGUAGCAAAGGUUGAGGUAAAGAGAAAUCAUUUUCAUUUUAAAACUCCCCUAUUCCUAAUUGUAACUUAAAUUUAUUAUCCCAUUUUUGCAUAUUACAUGUUGAAUUGAACAUAUACCUCACUAAGUUCAAUUUGAUUUACUGUUGCAUUA